AUGCCACUGCACCACCUGAACCAUUCAAUCGUGGCGAGAGAGCGCACCUACCAUUUGCUGUCGGCUUGCAUAGAUAUCACAUACAUCUACCUAAUAACUAUUAGGCUAAAUCCUCUAAGUACCUCUAUACUACUAGAGAGUAAGAGUUAUGAUUAUAUGCGUUUUAAGUCGCUAAAUUUUAUUAACUCUAUUUAUACUAUAGAGGGGAAAUUAAGAGAUAAAGGGAGUAGAAGGCGUGGAAGAUAUAAAGCUAUAGUGGCUGCUGGUAAACGCCUAGUAAUCUUCUAUAAGGAAGUGCUUAAGGUGAGAUUUAAGUUAUUAUGGGCUAAGCUAGAGGUCUUCUUAACGUGCUACUACUAG